AUGACGACUCCUAAUUCAAAUGUGAGCCGCUUCAAGAAGCCUCACCGCACCCCCCCCCCCCCUAAAGUUUUGGAGUACGAGGUUGAGAUCAAAAACACACAAUGGCCAAUAGUUUACAGUCCGAUGUACAAUAUCUCCUUCUGGGGACUUGAGAAACUGCAUCCUUUUGAUAGCAAAAAAUGGGGUAGAAUAUAUAAACGCCUUAAAGAUGCUGGGAUGUUGAAUGGCAUUCCCGUUGUUGAGCCACUGGAAAUCUCAGAGGAAGAGCUUUUGUGUGUGCACAGUCAGGCAUAUCUAGACAGCUUAAAACUCAUGCCAUUUGUAGACUUUAAAAUAUUAAAGAGUCCUUUUCAUGCCAGUUGCACAUCAGGUACCAUAAUUGCUGCCAGACUGGCUAUUGAACGGGGAUGGGCUAUCAAUUUGGGAGGUGGUUUCCACCAUUGCUGUGGAGACAGGGGUGGUGGAUUUUGUGCCUAUGCUGACAUUACCCUGGCCGUCAAAUUUGCCAUGGCACAUUUUCAGAAAGUGUCCAGAGUCAUGAUCAUUGACCUAGAUGCACAUCAGGGGAAUGGCUAUGCUAGAGAUUUUAUGAAUAAUGCCCACAUUUAUAUCUUUGAUGUCUAUAACAAAGAUAUUUAUCCUAAUGACGCCUACGCUAAAG